AUGGACUCGUCUGUUCCAGUUUUUGAAAAGCCUCAUCCGUCUUUAACUGUUUUAGAUUGGACAAGAAACAUACAAAGAUUGCAACAUGAGGCGAGAUGUCGACGGUUUGAAUCAUAUGAACUUAGACAGAGAGCUAAUCAACUCCGCAAUGAAACUUCUGUCACUACGCGAUGGGAUAAUUAUGUUAACAAUGAGUUGAUGAGAGAUAGAAUAUUCGAAGUGUCGUCGUGGAGAGAAAAGCAGAGGUUUACAAAAGAGCAAGUUAGAGAUGAGACGAGAGCACUAAAAGAAGAAAAGAAUAACACUGAAUUGUGUUUAGAAUCUCUGCAAAUACCGCUUAUGGUUGUGUCACAGUGUCUCACUAACAGGGAUAUGAGAGUUCCCUCUGAACUAACCAGGGAUCAGUUGGGGGAGGAAUUAAGAAAGGAACUACACAUUAUCGAAAACAACAAGCGUAUUCUAACAGACGUCUGCCACAUGGGUUGGGAGAAGAUAAGGGACCUCAACAACGUAUUCUGUAGACUGGAGAGAGAGAUUCAGAAUAAGGAUGACGCUUUGGAACUGGAGUACCAAGUUAAGGAUCUUAACAGAGACUGUUCUGAUAUAUCGUACAAGAUGGACCCCACCAGGAUACCGCCGGAUACAAUGACAGAGGAGAGUUACGUCCAUUGCAUAGAGAACACUAUACAAAUAGCGAAUCAGCUUAUGAAGGAGUCCAAGGCCUUACGUGAGACGAUGUUUAAAUCCUGCGAACAGGCGCGCAAUCAGAUGUACGACCAGAAUCAACGAGUGGAGUCCGUCAUGAGGAGACGAGUGUAUGACGUGCAGAGAGCGAGGAACGAGAUGGAAUGGCAGAAAUAUAAGUUGGAAACAAACCUUCAGAAACUAGAUCGCGAAAUAGAGUCGCUAAGAGCAGCUGUCGCAGAUAAAAUAAAUCCAACAAAAUUAGUACACACGAGACUUGAAAUACGAACUAGACGACCUGUUCUGGAGCGAGUCGAGGAUAAACCGAUGAGAGGUUUGAUAGAAGAAACAGAAAGAGUCCAAACCAGCUCUAAGUUAUUGGAACAGAAAUUGGAGGAUUCUUUAUCUAUAUACCACGGAAUGCAUAAUCAUUACAAACGAAUUAUUAAAGAUCUUCAAUAUAAGAAUCAAGCGCUGGAAACAGAUCGACGGUUGAUAGAAAUAAGAAAACCGUUACACAAGGACAACGAAACUGACUUCAAACGAAACGUGGGCUACUGUCACAUGUCAGAUGAAUUAGUUACUGAUUAA